AGGAGGCUAUUCCUCCAGUGAUCUGAAACUCCCCUCUCUCUCUUGCUCGUUUUCUCUGUGUCUGUCAGGGUGGAUCAAUGCGAGCGUCUCAGUUUCAUAGGAUCUCCCAUUCUGUCUCUCUUUCGGCAGUGCUUGCUUGCAAUACCUAGGGGGGCACAUUUCAACCUCGUUUAGGUCCCUUGUCUCACAUUGGGCCCUUAGCGCAGUAUGUGGUAGUGGAAGAGACUGGGGUUCGACUGGUCGGGCUCGAAAUGUCGCUGGAGGUGUAGAAGAUAGAAAAAAAAUCACCCCCUUUGACCCGCCCCCCCUUUCGUUCCCAAGCUUGUUGCUUUGCGAAGCGGCCUAAAAACACAAAAUGUCGACCAGAACGCCAUUGCCCACUGUGAAUGAGCGCGAUACUGAAAAUCACACGUCGGUCGACGGGUACCAUGAACCGCAUGUCCAGCCUUUGAAGUCCAGCAGCCGGCAGAACAUUCCUCGCUGCCGGAACUCCAUCACCUCCACCACUGAAGAACAGCCGCACAUCGGGAACUACCGGCUGCUCAAAACCAUAGGCAAGGGGAACUUCGCCAAAGUCAAACUGGCCCGACACAUACUCACUGGAAGAGAGGUUGCUGUGAAAAUAAUAGACAAAACACAACUGAACCCCACUAGUCUACAAAAGUUUCCCAUGACCUUGCUUUCUAAACAGCUCUUCCGAGAAGUAAGGAUAAUGAAGAUCUUGAAUCACCCGAAUAUAGUUAAAUUAUUUGAAGUAAUUGAAACGGAGAAGACACUUUAUUUAAUAAUGGAAUAUGCCAGUGGGGGAGAGGUAUUUGACUACUUAGUUGCACAUGGGAGGAUGAAAGAGAAGGAGGCCAGGGCAAAGUUUCGGCAGAUCGUCUCUGCGGUGCAGUAUUGCCAUCAGAAGCGCAUUGUACAUAGGGAUCUAAAGGCGGAAAACCUGUUGCUGGAUGCUGAUAUGAAUAUUAAAAUUGCUGACUUUGGUUUUAGUAACGAAUUUACUAUCGGUAACAAAUUAGACACAUUUUGUGGGAGCCCGCCCUAUGCUGCCCCUGAACUAUUCCAAGGAAAAAAAUACGAUGGACCAGAGGUGGACGUGUGGAGUCUGGGGGUCAUUCUGUAUACACUAGUUAGCGGAUCAUUGCCUUUCGAUGGCCAAAACCUAAAGGAACUGAGGGAAAGGGUGUUGCGAGGGAAAUACCGUAUUCCUUUCUACAUGUCCACAGACUGUGAAAACCUGCUUAAAAAACUCCUAGUGCUAAACCCAGUGAAACGAGGCAGUCUGGAACAAAUCAUGAAGGACCGGUGGAUGAAUGUUGGUCACGAAGAGGAGGAGUUAAAACCGCAUACUGAACCAGAGCCAGACUUCAGUGACACUAAGAGGAUAGAUUUAAUGGUGACUAUGGGGUUCUCAAGAGAUGAAAUUACAGAGUCUUUAAUUGGUCAGAAGUAUGAUGAAGUCAUGGCCACUUACCUUCUACUAGGCAGAAAACCUCCCGAGUUUGAAGGAAGCGAGUCAGCAUCAAGCAGCAACCUUUGUCAAAGGUCACGGCCCAGCAGUGACCUCAACAACAGCUCCACACAGUCCCCAGCACACUCAAAGGUCCAGCGCAGCAUUUCAGCCAAUCAGAAGCAACGGCGGUUUAGUGAUCAUGGUGGGGAUGACAUUCAACCAACCGGCCCAACCAUUCCUCCAGCCGUGUCAUACACUAAACGAGCUCAAGCAAACAGCGUGGAGAGUGACCAGAAAGAAGAGUGGGACACUUCCCGCAAGCUCGGUACCACGACUGCAAGCUCCAAAGGGGAUAUGCCUGCAAGUCCACUGGUCGGUCCGGACCGGAAGAAGUCUACCACUGCCACUGCUAACAAUGUGCUUCCUGGAGGAGGGAUGACCAGAAGAAACACUUACGUGUGCGAGCGCUCCAGCACUGACAGAUACUCCGCUAUACCAAAUGGGAAAGACAGCAGCCUAACUGAAAUGUCCACUUGUGCAAGCAGUACUGGCGCAGCAGCAUCGGCCAUGCCCUCUACCCGACCGCGCCACGUCAAGUCCAUGUCUGCCUCCGGGCACCCCAUCAAAGUCACGCUGCCUCCCAUCGAGGAUGGCACGGAGGCCUACAGACCAAGCACUGCAACUCCUCGGGCACCUGCCGCUUCUCCAUCUGCCCACAGUAUUAGCAGCACCACUCCGGACCGGACCCGGUUCCCCCGCGGCAGCUCCAGCCGAAGCACUUUCCACGGGGCCCAGCUCCGAGACCGCCGCAACGCCACCUACAACGGACCGCCCGCCUCGCCCACUCUGUCCCAUGACACGGCCGCGCUGUCACAGGCCCGGAGGGGCACCUCCACCGGCAUCAUUGGCAAGAUCACUUCCAAGUUUGGACGCAGGGGUCAAAGCGAGGGUGAAGCCAGUGGCAGAACUGACACGUCAAGGAGCACCUCAGGGGAACCAAAGGAGCGGGACAAGGAGGAUGGCAAGGAUCCGAAGCCGCGCUCUUUGAGGUUCACCUGGAGCAUGAAGACCACCAGUUCCAUGGACCCCAACGACAUGAUGAGGGAGAUCAGGAAAGUGCUGGACGCCAACAACUGUGACUACGAGCAGCGGGAGCGCUUCCUGCUGUUCUGCGUGCACGGCGACGCCCGGCAGGACAACCUGGUCCAAUGGGAGAUGGAGGUCUGCAAGCUGCCCCGCCUCUCCCUCAAUGGGGUCCGCUUCAAGAGGAUAUCUGGCACCUCCAUUGCCUUCAAAAACAUUGCAUCCAAAAUCGCUAAUGAGCUGAAGCUGUAAAAACAGGAUAACUGCAUUCAUUCAUGGGAUCAGGGUAUAGAUUCAGACACUAUGUACAGUUUCCACUGUAUUCAAAUGUACUGGUAUUGCGGCUAAUGUGUGUUUUGGCCAGUAAAAAAAAAAAAACAAAUGUCUAACCUCCUCCGUCCGUCACAACCCCAUGUAAAAUAAUACUGUACUUAGAAAAUGACCCUCAUUGCAAUAAAGUUAGAACUUUGUUUUUAAUCUGUACAAUUUAGUUCUGUAUGCCGAACUGCAGUAGCUUAGUUUUUUUUUCCCAUUUUGUUUUUCACAUGUACAGGUAAGUAAAUAGAGCAUUCUGUUCAUAGUUUAUGUUCAUAGUUGUAUAAUAUGAAAAGAAUCCUAUAGCUUAACAUCUUGUAUAGUUGUCUUGAUUUCUGUACAAAAUUGUAUGUCUAAUACUGUGUAAUUUUGAGUUGAACAAAGUCCUUCCCUAAUAUUAUUUGCGUCCUGCUAGAUUAUUGUUUUGUUUACCUCCUCUGUGAAGUUUUUAUUUUCAUUUUAAACUUAUUUAAAUUUUUAUUUUAUUUUUUUUUUAAUAAAAAAACAAAUUGUCAAAAUAUUAAGAGAUCUAAAUUUAAAACGCCACAAAGUUUUUCUAGUAUCACCCCUGCCUGAUUUGAAAGGAUUCAUGUUUUUCAUUUGGCCUGUGUUAUCAUGCUCAUACAGUAGUGUUAAUGUAUUAUUACAGCCGGUACUCUGAAUACAGUAGCAAAACCCACAUAAUUCAGGAGCAUCCCCACGAUGUUAAACCAACUGGCAGCAAAGCCCUCUCAACCCGUUUUCAGUGGAACAUCAGUCUACUAUUACAAUAGCUGUUGAAUCACCUGUUCAGUGAUUGUACGAUUUUUUGACCCAGUGUAACUUGUUUGUUCUGAAUAUUUUAUCAGAUUUCUUGUAUGUAUUCCACAACAUUAUGCCUGUAAUGUGCAGCUUUGUAAUUAUUAGGCAUUCACUAUACAAAAUUAUGAUUUAAGAAUUUUUUUUUUUUCCCUUCGCAAUUAGUGAUAUAAAAGUACGUAAAAACCACUAGUGCUGGUACUUUUUAUACUUGUUAUUUUGUACUUAAUUGACCAUAGAGGUUAACUGUGCAAUGGUAUUUCAUGUUGUAAUUACUGUAAUAUUGACACAUGGGCCCCAUCAGCACACUUCAUUGUGAAGAAUAGGAACAUCAUUUUAAUGUUAAAAAAAAAAAAAAAAAAGCUGUGAUAAUCUUUGGAACCAUGAUUUAAAUCAGAAUGGACAUGGAUCUUGCCAUCCCGCAGUGGCACUGUAACACUAUGAGAAGGACUGUAAAUACUGUAUUGUAGUGUGUGAUUUAGCUUCUUUCCUGUGAUGGUUCUGUUUCAGAAUGGACGUUCAUUUUGUUGCCUUAGCUGAUAAUAAUGCUCAGAAAAAAAGAAGGUAAAUUGUACCCCCUUUACCCAAUGUUAAUUCAAGGGAGUUUGAUGCAAGUCCUCUUGAUUCAGUCUCACUGGUGCACUAUAUUAAAACUUACUUGAAAGGA